UACAGCUGUAUCAUUCCAUCUGUACUCAGAUGAGAACCAAAGUAUACUUUAGAGAAGCUUCGACACUGAAUUAGAGAUUAAAUAAAUGUUGAAGAAACGUGUUUGUCCCUACAGCUCGGAACUAGCAGUCUUGAUCCUGAUGAUCUGGAACACCUACUGAGAGAAAAACUAACACUGUUUUCAGGGCUGAAGGAAAGUUUGCAACAUGCCAUCAUAUAAAUACCUGUUUCUAGUGGUAUUGAUGGGAGCUGUGAUGGUUGGGGUAAUUUACGUGGGCUACACCUCUGACAUGUUCAGAAAUGUACAACUGGGGAAACACAUGCUAACACACUCAAGGAACUGCAAUAUGCCUUUGUACAGUCCAAGUUUACUGAAUGGCCGUAAGGAUGUUGUUACAGUGACACCAUGGUUGGCUCCAAUUGUGUGGGAAGGCACAUUUGAUACGAAUAUCCUUGAUGCCACCUAUAAACCGCAGAACAUCACGGUGGCAAACACUGUCUUUGCUGUCGGCAAAUAUGUGCAGUUCCUGAAGGAUUACCUCGAGUCAGCAGAGCAGUACUUUAUGCUGGGGUACCGUGUGCAUUAUUACAUCUUUACAGACCAGCCAGAGGCAGUUCCUACGGUAACACUGGGUGCUGACCGUAGAAUAACUACACUGAAAAUUCCAGGCUCAAACCGCUGGCAGGAGAUCACACUACGCAGGAUGGAGAUGAUUAUGAACCUCAUUGAGACCCAAUUAGUCAAUGAGGCAGAUUACAUUUUUUGCCUCGAUGUAGAUACAAAAUUCUAUGGUCACUGGGGGGCAGAGAGUUUGAGUCGCCUUGUCGCCGCUGUACAUUUUGGUUUCUACAGUGCGUCACGUGAACAUUUCACAUAUGAGCGCCGGCCCGAGUCUCAGGCCUACAUCCCAUAUGGAGAGGGUGAUUAUUACUACGGCGGGGCGAUGAUUGGUGGGCUUGUGAGAGAGGUGUAUAAAGUCACUAAAACCUGCCAUCUGUGGCUGAACAUGGACAAAGCUAAUUCCAUUGAGGCAGUUUGGCAGGAAGAAUCCCACCUGAACAAAUACUUUCUUUACAACAAACCCACCAAGUUGUUAUCACCUGAGUACCUGUGGAAUGGACCAUAUCAAAAUAAUGAGGUGAAAAUGAUCCGUUACUCACAUGUGUGGAAAGAUGUUAGUAAGGUACGGCCAAACUAACCUCGCAAAACUAUUCUGAAUCUUUAGAUAUCACUUUCCUUAAAGAGCUAUAGGAUCAGUUAAACCAACAGUGGAUAAUGCAUCUUAUUUAAAAUAAUGUUAGACUAUUUUUGAUCAUGUUAAUUUGUUUUCUAAGGUUUGAUUAAUAAUAUUUGCUGUAUGUGUUUUUUGCUUUGUUUUUUAGUUUUCGCUUGUAUACAAGGCCUAGUUGUGCAGAAACCUCUACACUAAAUAGUCUCUUAGAGUAAAUCGGAAACGGUUUAACACUUUUGCAAUCCUUGGGCCAAAGCAAAUAGUUUGAAACUCCACCUUGGAUAAUAUUCUGUAAGGAACAUGUAAAUAAAUAAACAUUUUUGAAGGCACUCACCCAUCUUUGUCCUAAGCAGGCACACAAGGCCUGUCUGUUGCUGCAUAGUGUUACACAGUUGUUUCAUGAACACAAAGGCCCAUCACUCUUUUAAAUGUUUUA